AUGGGUACAUCGCAAGUUGAGAGCCUACUUUGCUCUCGCGCUUCACUUGCACUUGGAGUCUUCAAGCCUCAAGCGUAUGCCAUCAAUUCAAAUCGUCUCCUUCGUGUGCAGUAUGUUCAAAGUGAUGUUUGCCGUGGCAUGCUCAUACAUAUCCACUCAGUUACUCAUAUUGUAUGGGCUGCGCAUGUGGCAGAGAAGAAUGAGAUCUUUAAAGAAUUUUCGGCAGCAGGUAGCACGGUGAAUUUGUUGCAAACGCGCAAGGUAUACAAAAAUAUCGCUACUUUUGGAGUGGAGGGGAUCAGCACAUACAUUUCGAGUCUGUUGUACGGGUUCCUUCUCCCUCUCAACAACCAACCACGAUGCCAAAUCACAUUGGGAAGCGGUAUCGUAUGCCGAGAGGACGGCCCAAAGUCCACGCACCACUGCGAGAUUUGGACGACAGGCUUGACCAAGUUACAGAUUAAUACUCGCUCCUGCCAAACAGACGUCGAAUAUCUCAAAUUUGAAUGCCAUAUGAAAUUAGACGCCUAUGCGAUUGAAUCGGGUACCGCAAGCUUUGGGGAUGUGGCUUACCUUAUAAUUACCGUCGUUGCAUGUAUUUGAGUGAAGUAAAGGACCGAUGAAUAAUAGAUGGAUCCCCACUGUAUGUACGUCAUGCUGGAGUCGGUAUUCAAUAUUUAAUGCUGUAGUAAAGCCUUGCUAUAACCUGUAGGAGCGGUGUGGCGUCAGUUAAG